GUGAGUACAGGCCCAAUGUCUUCAAACGUUCAUCGUAUGUUAAUCGGCUUUGCUAAGCGUCUCUAACGACAUCCUCCUGGCAAACGACUCCGGUAAUUAUGUGGUUCUUGUCUUGCUGGACCUAUCUGUCGCCUUCGACACUGUGGACCAUGGAAUAUUAAUUUCCCGAUUACAGCAACAAGUGGGCAUCUGUGGCAGUGCCCUGGGAUGGUUCAGGUCCUAUCUGGCAGAUAGAACCAUGCGUGUAAGCCUUGGUGGCUUUGAAUCCUCCUCUGCUCCCUUGGCAUAUGGGGUUCCACAGGGCUCAAUUUUAGGGCCCCUGCUUUUCUCCCUUUAUCUACUUCUACUGGGCUCAAUUUUAAGAAGGCAUGGCAUCUCCUUUCACUUUUACGCGGAUGAUAGCCAGUUGUAUAUGCCACUCAGGAAAGAAGAUAAUUAUUCCCUAAAAUCACUUCUGUCUUGUCUUGAGGACGAAAAAAAGACAGAAGUGAUUUUGUUCGGCCCUAAUGGCUGCCGUGAACCUCCCUCUGUUGACUUGGGUCCACUUGCAGUGUUCGUAAAGCCAACAGUUUUAAACCUGGGUUUUAUGAUGGACGGUGAUUUUAAAUUAGAUAAACAAAUAGGCGCAGUGGUUAAGUCCAGCUUCUUUCACCUAAGGAAGCUGGCAAAGGUGAAGCCCAUUCUCGAGCGGCAGCAUUUUGAAACAGUAAUCCAUGCCUUUAUUUCAUCUCGGCUGGAUUACUGUAACGCGCUCUACUCUGGAGUCUCACGAGCUUCGUUGGCUCGUCUCCAGUUGGUCCAAAAUGCUGCCGCUCGCCUUUUAACCGGAACUCGAAAGAGGGAGCACAUUACGCCAAUUUUGGCCUCCCUUCACUGGCUCCCAGUGCACUUUCGAGUUCAUUUUAAAAUUCUUUUAUUUGUUUUUAAAUCAUUGAAUGGCCUCGCCCCGCCUUACCUCUCUGAGCUGCUCCACCUAUAUGCUCCUACCCGGUGCCUCAGGUCAGCGGAUCAGCUGCUCCUUGAGGUACCAAGGUCUAAGCGGAAGCUCAGAGGGGAUAGAGCCUUUUCUGUUGCUGCCCCGGCACUCUGGAACACCUUGCCGCUGCAGAUCAGACAGGCCCCUUCACUGUCCAUCUUUAAAUCCUCCCUAAAAACUCACUUUUAUUCACUGGCUUUCGACACUGGCUGAGACAUUGUUCCUGUUUUAGUGCUUUUAAUGUCUUUUAAUUUUUACUGUUUUUAUAGUCCUGUCGUCUUAAUGGUUUUAGUAGUUUGUAAUAACUUUUUGUUGACUUCCCAUGUACAGCACUUUGUGGUAACUGAUGUUGUCUAAAAGCGCUUUAUAAAUAAAGUUAUUAUUAUUAUUAACACAAUCAUUCCUGGGAUAAUUCUCGUAAACCUCGUCUGGACCCUCUCCAACACCAGCACAUCCUUUGCCAUCUUCUGAUUCAUUGUAAUUCUGCGCACAGGGGGGCACAGUUUGUUGUAGUGUGGAACAGCUUUGUAAAUCGAAGACUUGUACUUCCAAGAGGAAAAUGCCUCGUGUUAUCUGUGAAUUCAACACUGGCAUAUUAGCAGUUGCACUGAUGCUGGAAAGUGUUCCCCAACUUGGGGACAGUGGUGAUGGCACUGCUCUGCUGGUUGGAUGGUGAUGAAGAAAUAACAGAGCCAACUAGAAUGGCUCUUAAUUGUGUUGCUAUUCUCUGAUUUUAAAGUGCUUUGGAAUGUGUACAUCAGUACUCCACCUGGUACGAAGGCAAGGGGAACUUAUGAACCAUCUGAACUCCGUGAUGUGUAACCUCGUUGUGCCCUUCGAUCAUCAGUUCGGCUGUCAAGCUCCUACUAAGUCAGCCACUAAGACUGCUGGUACACAAAAAUGCUGAAGAAACUCAUCGGGUGCAGCAGCAUCUAUGGGGCGAAGGAAAUAGGCAACGUUUCGGGCCGAAACGUUUCUUCAGACCCAAACUAAAUUCUUAAACACUAAGACUGCUGUCUCCCUUUGUGUGCUCUGUCCUGCUUUUAGUUUUUUUUUUAGUUUUAGAGAUACAGUUUUAGGGAUGCAGUGCCCACCGAGUCCUGACAACCACUAACACUAUCCUACACACACUAAGGACAAUCUACACUUAUACCAAGCCAAUUAACCUUCAUCCUGCACGUCUUUGGAUUGUGGGAGGAAAUCGAAGAUCUUGGAGAAAACCCAUGCGGUCACGGGGAGAACGUGCAAAACUCCGUACAGACAGCACCCGUAGUCGGGAUCGAGCCCGGGUCUCUGGCGCUGUAAUGCAGCAACUCUACCUCUGCACCACCAUGCCACCCCUUAGCGAGACCAUGCCAGUUUUUCCCGAGGAGUUGCAAACGGAAUUGAAUCUUACAUCGACACCUAGAAGAGUGCAGCACAGGAAUGGGCAUUUCAGCCCACAAUGUUUGUGCCGAACAUGAUGCCAAGUUAAACUGAUCUCAUCUGCCUGUACAUGAUCCAUAUCCCUCUACACUCUGCACUUCCGUGUGCCUAUCCAAAAACUUAUUUAAUGCUACUAUCAUAUCUGAAUUCACCACCACCUCUGGCUGUGUGUUCCAGGCCCCACCACUCUGUGUAAAAAAAAAACUUUAAAAAAACUUGCCCCGCACAUCUCCAAAAAACAUUCUCUUCACUUUAAAGCUAUGCUGUCUAGU